UCGUAGUUUGCCAACUACCCCUUGUCUAGAUCUCUGUGUCCCAAUUUUGAAUUUGGAAUCGAGAAUCGAAUAUCAGUGAAUGUGGAGAUCAAUUAGGUGUUUUAGACGUGGGAAUUUCCGGUUUAGUAGUAUUUAUGAAUUUCUCCAUCUUGAUGCUCCGAGUUCGAAUCCUGCAUUCGUUUUCGGUUGUCUUCUUGUACUGGUUCUACGUGUUUUCAUGAGUCAGCCCCUUGAGUGUCGAUCGUAACGCUGCCAAUCUCGAAUUUUUACUAGCUCAGUCGUGUCUCCCUGAUCAACGCUUAGUUAGGCAAUCCACAGUUUUGUCCUUUCGGUUGAGAUUGUUUGGAAAAAGACCGGAUACAAUGGCUUCACCCCAAAGGCAGGUAACCUUGGGACCGGGCUCUGACCCGGGCCCCCGGAAUGUGGCCGAAGAUGAGCGGAUGCGGAAGAGGAUGGAGUCGAACCGGGAAUCCUCGCGGCGGUCCCGAAUGAGGAAGCAGAAGCGGUUGGGGGACCUGAUCGGACAGGCGACCCAGCUGCGGAGCACGAACAGCGAGCUCACAGCAAAGAUCAAUGUCACCACGCAGAACUACGUGGAGCUCGAGUCCAAGAGCAAUGUCCUGAGAGCCCAGUUGAUGGAGCUCACCGACCGGCUCCGGUCGCUGAACUCGGUGCUUGAGAUCGUGGAGGAGGUGAGCAGACUCGCCAUUGAUAUCCCAGAUAUCCCCGAGCCCCUGAUGAAGCAGCCGUGGCAGGUUCCCUUUCCGAUCCAGCCAAUACUAGCGAAUGUCGAUAUCUUCGACUAUUGACGUAGCAAUGUUGGUGAUCACCAGUCGAGUGUCCUGCCCCUGGAAGUCGCUCUCUUGUCCUUGUCGUUUAUCGGUUAGCGAAUGUGUCCCGUGGCUUGUGUCUGGUUGUGUUUAGGACUAAUUUUCAGCAGAAUGAUACUGAAUAAACUUUCAAGUUGUGCUUUGAAUGAAUCAGAUGUUCUAUGUUCCUUGUAAUUUCUACAAUGAAUGCUGCAUUUCGGGCUGUGAA